AUAGGGUAGCAAAUUGCUACAGAGAUAUCAAGAUGAUAUGGAGUUACAAAACAUCAUACUGCCGCAGGUUUUAUUUGGCAGCAUUUGCAAAUAGAAAGCAGCAAUCAUCUCUGUGGUGCUGCUCGACUAUACCUCCUAAAGAGCUAACUGAUGCGUCACUCUGUUAUACCUCUGCUGCCACUGCAGAUGAUACUAAUGCUUCUGCUGUUAUGCUUCACGACUACAAUUGCUGCUGUACUUCUACUUGCCUUAAGGAUAUAGAGAGAAGUUACACAGCAAUUGGAUUUCAGCAGCACAAAUCAUAUUGUGCUGCUACUUCUACAAGAACUGUUGCUGCACAAAACCUGUCAAAUGCAAUUGUUAUCAAAAAGGUAGUAACUGUUGGAAUCUCAUCGAGUCAAUACCCAGUGGUAUUAGCAUGUUACCAUGCUCAUUCUGGGUGUUGUUCGAGAAAUUACAUCAACUAUGCUUCAACAAGGCAAAUCUCAGGAUGCAAUAGGUGUGCAAAAUUGGAAGAACUCACUACAAAGCUCUACAUGGCAAUAGAGUUUCAUGGGACUGUUACACCUGCUAUAUUUAUACUGGGAAACGGAGAGUCGUACCUAGCUGGCUUUGUAUCAGAUGCAAAGGAAGCUCAAUGGUCAGAUGCCCUUUGAUGAUUUUAUCCAGCUGCUACUGUUGCAAAUGCCACUACUGCUACUUUUAUGCAGAAACUAGUGCUCCUACAGCUGAUAUUAAUGGAUUACUCGACUUGCCUCUUAUAGAAUUACAUGUGGAUCGACUCUAUUAUACUGCUGUAAUCCGCGACUUGGAAUGCUACUAUACUUAUCCAAGAAUGCGAACUACCUGUUAGAUCAUGUUUUAAUGAUGCAAAUAAUAUACAUGUGCAGGAAAUCAAGUUCAAGAAGUAAAGAAGACUGCUAGAAUGAUUCAUGAUGUACAAGGAAAGAAAUCAAUCAGCAUGUGAUCAGCAAAUCUGGAUUGGUCUCGUAAAUCUGGGCGCAAUCUAAUCAACGAAUCAAUCAGCAAUAACAAUGAUUAGCUGAGCUGGAAAAAAUCAAAUAAGCCUUGGACAAAGGCACGAAUCAUGGACAGAAUCACGAAAGACUAAAGGAUACGAGGAGAUCUGGGAAGCGACCACAUUUGGAAGAUCCAACAAUCAAGGAGAAAUCAAGUGAAGCAAUCCUCUGCUAAAGGAAAGCAAUCAAGAGAAGCAACGGCUUAUUCCUUAGUCUUGGAAAGAAUCAAUACUUUCCAAGGAUCAAAUAUCUUGGGUUGUCAAGCCUCUACCAUCCAUCAAAGUAUUUAUACACCCUUGUAAACCCU